AGGUAUUGGUGGCACUGACUGGUGUUUAUACCUGAAAUCUGACCUGUGCUGUCAUUCCACUCAUUUCAGUGCCUCUAAAUAUUCCCCAGCAGAGCCACACACUCUGCAGGGAGUCAACUGGUAUCAUGAACUGAACUGUGCUGCAGCUCUGGAGGAACUUUAUCAACAAAUGUGUGCGACCAUUUGUGAGUCUCUUAUAGAACUUUUUUCUAGUCCCUCUCCUCCCUCGUGUUUCCUGCCCCUCUCUCGCCUUCUCUUUCUGUUAUGUUAAGUAGCAGGCCUGCUUUCCGUCCACCACUCUUCCCUCCUUGGGUUUCAAUUCCAAACAUGGUUAUCCUUCUAGGGCUCAAUCGGCAACCUCCCCCCCUCCCGUGUCCUUUCUCUUCCAGCUGUUGGCUCGACAGUGCAGGGCCGGCGGGCGAGAGGCAGAAGAUCGCUGCAAAGAGAGACGACAGGAAGACGCAGAGGGCACAAGACGGAGGGGGAGAGAGCAAGGGACACAUAAUGAGAGGAGAAGAAGAGCCAUUCCAGCUGUGUUUCUAUCACAAGUAGAGUCGUGAGAACUUCUUCACACUGAAGCUUUUUUCACUGCAACUCCAGGGAACAAACAUUUGACAUUUUCUUGUCGGUAUUCUGGAUCAAGCUGUGAGUCAAACAGGAACACUGAGUUGGACAAGAGUCUGUUUGAGGAGUUUCAAACAUGAGCGCAGACAACUCAACAUUGCUGGACAGUUUGUUGUUCGCCCCUCUGUGCGAUGGCUGGACCAACAACACCGAGGGAGCCAUCUACCACCUGGGCAACACCAUCCUGUUCCUGGGCUACAUGGGAGGCAGUGGGGCCUACGGGUGCCUUUUCAUCUUUGGCUUCCUGACCCCGGCCUUUGGGUGCCUCACCCUGUGGGGCUGGAUGACGAUGUGCGGCCUGGAUGUCUUCACCUGGAACCUGCUUCUGCUGCUGGCCUGCUUGGCUCAGAUCUGCCACCUCCUCCACCGACUGCACCAGCAGGGUAUUCGCAGCGAGGAGCUCACCUCCCUCUACCAGGCGGUCUACCUGCCGCUGGGCGUCUCCGUCGAGGUGUUCAAGGAGAUAGCAAGAGCGUUUCAGAACAAGGCGGUAGAGCUGAAGGCCGGAGAGACGUAUGCUGUGGAGGGCAAGACGCCCAUCGACCAGCUCUCGUUCCUGCUGUCUGGGAGGAUCAAUGUAUCAUUGGAGGGCCAGUUCCUUCAUUACAUCCACCGCCACCAGUUCCUCGACUCUCCGGAGUGGGAGUCUCUCAGACCAAACGAGGAGGGAAAGUUCCAGGUGACCCUGACAGCAGAGGAGGACUCCUGCUACAUCUCAUGGCGUCGCCGCCACCUCUACAUGCUGAUCUCAAAGGAACGCUACAUCGCCCGCCUCUUCUCCGUCAUGCUGGGCUAUGACAUUGCAGAAAAGCUCUACAACCUCAACAGCAAGCUCUACAUCAAGAGCGGCGUGCUGCUGGACAUCCGCCUGCCCAGUCUCUACCAUGUGCUGGCCCCGUCCUCGCAGGGUAGCGAGGGCGGCAGCUUCAGCGAUGGCGGCAUCCCUAAGGAGCAACAAGUUGAGCAGCAAGAUGAAGACCAAGUGCCGGCCUACGAGAAGUCCAACCCAGCCCAGUCUCAGCCCCUCCAGCCGUACCUGCAGGGACCAAGGAAGCCAUACCUGGAUGAACCCCGGCCCUCCCAGCCUGACCGGUAUCAGCACCCCUGGGCAUCGGACCCGGAGCUGAUCUCUGGUGAGGACUCCACCAGCCUGGUCCUGGAGGACUUUGCUGAUGUGGCGGGCUCCUUAAUGGAUUAUGGCAGUGAGAGGGAUUAUUUGAGGUAGAGGGGCAGGGUGCUGGAGCUAACACACUGGGUCACCACUUAAGCUACAUGAGGUGAUAAUGACGAGGAUCGACCGCCACGGUUUCAGAGAGGCAGAGCGCCGCUGGCUCCAACCGACACUCCCAAGCUGUGAGAACAGUCUCUCCUGGAAACACGGAUAUAUGUUGCAGUGCAGUCGAAUGAAUGUGUCACAUGUCACUUAUCGUCUCCUCCUCCUCCUCCUCACGCUCAGUUCACAUCUUCAGUCCUGAGUAUGGUAAACAUGUGCUCCUCUUUCUCCCCGAUGCCAAAAUGCAAAAUUUAUAUUUUGCAACAAUCAAUAUUUUGAGCAUAUAUGUUUCACCGAUUCACUUUAUAAUCAGUUUGCCUAAAAUUCUGGUCAUAAUGGCUUUGAAGCAACGUUUAGGCAUAAAUGAGGCUCUGAAAUCUGCUUUAAAAUCUGUUGGCUGUUUUUAAUGAACAUGUUAUUUUUACAAGGUACAAUUUAAAACCUGAGCGAGUUGAUUAAAUGUUCAAAGAGACGGACCUUGAACAGGAAGUGAUUCUGUAUCCAACUUUAAAAUAUAUAUAAUAAUGAACUUCUAACGAUAAGUCAAACCCAAAUUUAAAUCACAAGAACACCUUCAUCAGUAGCUGGCACUGAGACAUGAAAGAGAGACAAGCCUUCACUUUGUCAUUCACCAGCACAUCAAAUAUCUAAAAAGUUAUUUUAAUGUUUUAAAAAUCUGAUUUUUCAUGUUUUUUCCAUCUCACUAAUAUUCGAUGUUGGAUCUGGGAUUGUUUGAUUAUGCCUCUACUUCAUUUGAGUUAAGGACUUUUGAUGUUUAACGCACAGACAUUCACUUGUAUUUAGAGAAUGAAUUUAACUGCACAGGUUUAAAUUCACUAGAAUAAGAAAACUGUUGGACCAACUUAAAAAUGACUUGAAGUGGUGACACAAAGAUAAAUCAAGACAAUUAUCAAGUUUAAUUCAAAAACGUAAUUUAUUCGUUUUGACUAAUUUAACUAUUCUUUUAAGUUGGUUGACAAUUUUAACACAUUUUCUAGAUAUGACAAAUUUAGCUGUAUUUAGUAUAAACUGAUUUGAUGUAUAAGUGUAUGAAAGAGGAAAAUCUUCAUCAAUUCAUUCUCUUAAGAUCUGGAAAACAUUAACUUCAGGACGUAGAUUUUCUCAGUUACUUUCAUGUGUUGUUGUUAUUUACCUGAAUGCACCAUGACUCUUGGUUCAGUGGCAGAAAUGUAUGCUUUUUUAACAGAUGAUGUACGACCACCUCUCACUUCUACUCUGGCGAUAUAUUGGAUUGGAGAUGCUGUUUUUUAUUUGAUAUUUUGUAAUUAAUUGAGAAUUUAUACACAGAUUCACAAUGUGAAUUGUCUGUUGUUAUUUUCCAAAAUAGAGAGAUGGGACUAAAAGAACGCAGUCAGUGUUUGUAAAAGGUUUUUCUAAUGGGGCCAAGAUUUCUCCAUAAAGAUGUUUGUGUGCAGUGAAGGUGUAUCGGAUUUUCUGUGAUUUGAAUAUUAGAUGAUAUAAUUAAAAUCAAAAUAUGAAUGCAAUACUCAAAAAAGUCACAACACAAGUAUUGACCACUCAAAGCGUUUUAUAGUACAAGCAACAUUUACCAAUUUACACAAUUUGGAACAAUUUGGGGUUCAGUUUCUUGAGCUCACAUUGGAAUUUAGAGUAGCUGGGGAUCGAACCUUCAUUAUUCUGGUCCCUACCUCCUGGGCCUCAGCCGCCCUGUAUUUGGUGUCACAUUGCCGUCAGAGCCGAAAGCUUGUUGGUAUUUUUAUGGAUUUAUGUAACGGUAGCUAUACACUUCUCAAAUCUUUGAUUACAGUAAACUUUCAUGAAGAUGCUUCUAUUUACAGUUUUUUUACAGUUUUAUUGUGGGAAAUAAACAUUCAAAUAUCAACUGGGAAAACCCUAAAGGACAAUCGCCACUUAUUUUUCUGUUUAUUGCCAGAAUCCCUAAAUAGAACAGAUUCUUGUAGCCUGGAGUUCAUAAGUGAGACAGAUGUUCGGAACAAAACCAGACAACAGGAACAAAGAACACCUUAAGUGAAGGGAAGGAACUAAGAGGCAUAGUUAAAUAACAAAAAACAGAAUCAGAAAUAAGGAUUCAAAUCACUUAUUUCUCUCAGUCACAAUGUGAAGUCAGUGGAUGAGGCGAACAACAGUGGGACUAAUUUGCAUUUUGAGUGUGUAGUAGAGUAAAUCCAGAACAGCAUGUGCUUCUCAGUGUGGUUCCACAGAGAUUUACAUCUCAUUUUAGAGAAGAUGGUGAAUUAGAGGUCAUGUUGGCCUCGUUUGCUGACUUCAGCAUAGAUUCAUUAUUAUAUAUAUUUUUUCCACUGUCCUAUUGAGCAGAUUUCUCCCUUCCGUCAGUAGGAGUCACAAACCUGCACAAAGUCAUGAGACCAUGGAAGUCCUCGUCGGACGUUGACGUUGUUCACGCACAACGGAUCUUCUCGUCUGAAACACAGACACAUGUAAUGUUAAUGUUAAACUUUGAGAGGAAAGUAGCUAUUAAACAUGGGUUAAGACAAACAUUGGACAAAACAACUUGAGACUAAACUCUACAAGACCAAAGUGGUUCAGGUGGAGUCUCUACUUUGUCACGAUUUUUCUUUAUAACUGUAUUUUUGAGAUGAUUAUUGUUCUUAAAAGGCAAUAGAGAAGAUGACAUGCAACAUAGACCCUGGCUAGAAUCAAAUCAGGGAUAAUGCAGGCACGAGGACUUAAGGGAUGCCCGAACAGUUAUGUGCCAGAUGUCUCAGUACAUAUGAACCAUAAACUGUUCAAAUAUCCUGGAUGUAACAACUGCCAUCUUGUGCUUUCGACGUAAUUUGGAGCAAGAGUCUGUGCAGUAGUGAUCGUGUCUCGACCAACAGAUUGCAGCCUGAGAGAAACCGGCCUGGACGCUUUUGGGAUCCCAGUAUCUGUGAGUAACUUUGCAGAAGGAUCAACUUGCCCUUGCCAGGAGGAGGAAGUGUGAAAUCUUGCACAGUUAAAAUAUACAUGUCUGGUCCUGUAUACCUGACAGAGGGGAACCCGGACAGACAGACAGACUUGAAGUGGAUGUCUCCCUGCCUGUAGAACCGAGAGCCGGUGUUCCUCAGCUGGAUGGAGUGGAUCUCACACAGAACCACGGGAUGAGCCAUCACCGUCCGGUACACUGUCGUAGACGUCUGACUGAAACACACGUUCAUCUCCAUUGGAAUAACGUCAUGAGACAAACACACACACUUUCACCUGAGCAACAUUCAUCACCAGUGGCAGUUUCCAAGGGCUCUGCACUAACAGGGGGCCUCCAUAUGACCAACAUUAUUGUUAUUGGGGGGCCAGUGUCAUAUUUUUUUAAAGGAUCUAAAACUUCUAGCUUUGCUUCUGGUUAUUGCCAAUUAAAGUGAAAAACAGCAGACUGA